AUGGAAGACAGGGGACCUGUGUGGUAUGGCCGCUGGGGCACUUGGGGGGAUUCCGAGACCGUGUGCUUGCUGGCACCGGUGGUCGCUGUUCUGGAGGCAAGCUUCGCGGAGCCUCGCUUCGAGGAUGAAGAGUGCUGGGCGAGGCUGUUGGAGGCGGCUGGGGCUGCCCUGCAGUCCGACUUGGCCGGAACCUGCGUCCUGGCGGCCGUCCAUUGGAAGCCGGUCUGGCUGACGACUCGCCAGCGGCUGCUGCAUGCCCACAUCGUCGGCAAUCUGUCUGCUUGUGAGGCGGUGCGGCGCACGCUUUGGUCUGGUAAGCGUGGGCUGCUAGAGGAUCAGGCAUGGGCAAGCUGGAGCUCGACUUUCGACACGGCGGACCUGAGCCCAGAGAAGAAGCACGGCAGGGCUCGGCUGGCUUCCCUGCGUCUUUGGGAGCGAGAGCCCAGCCCGGGCUUGGCGCUGGAGCUUCCAGUUCGCUGGGUGCCCCAAGGCAUGGCUGAAGAUGCCGCCAACCCGGUUUCCGCGCUUCGCCCCGGAUGCCACUGGCAGCGGUUCUUCGAACUCUUUGGAGAGCUCUUAAUCCUCGAGCGAGUGCUUCGAGAUUCGGGUCGCGUUGUGCUCCUGGCGCUCUUCGAACGGGCCUCUGCAGCUCUCGCAAUGUACGAGACUCUGGCAGGGCGCUGCCUGUACUGGCCGUGUCAAGCACGGACUCCCACCUUCCCAGCGAUCUGCACCCUGCGGGACUACGACGUCCUUAAGGCGCAGCUGUGCCGAGGAGAGCCGGUUCAGGACGACGAGGCAGCCUACAUCCUCCGCCGGCUGGAUGGGGAGAUGGCUCUGGAUUGGCCGAACCCCGUUCCCCCGGAGGUGCUGCUGAUCACGACGAACUCGCCCGCAGUGGUCUGUGGCCGCGAUGGCCCCGUGGCGCUGCGUUUGGCGCACGUGUCCAAGGCUCAUGCCGUCCUCCGCCUGUUCAGAGACACAUCUUCUGUCCCGGCUUCGUGGAAAUUGACUGUCCAAGACACAUCGAGCAACGGAACCUGGGUAAAUGGUAUCAAGCUGAAGCCGAAGACCCAGCAGGAGCUGAAACUGCAUGAUCAGGUCUGCUUCGUGCCACCGGCGCCGGCUGUUCGUCAGUUGAUCUACCAGGUGAUGCCUGGCAGCGUGCUCCUGCGGCCGCCGGCCCCGGCUCUGGUUCCAAUGACGACCUCGGCCCCCGGCGUGUUGCAGCCUCCGCAGUCUCCAGAAAGUAUGCCCAACAAGCGACCGAGACUCCAGGAUGACUCGCUCUCCUCUUGGUUGGUGUCUCUUGGAGAUCCAGCAGUCCUUCGAUACGAGCACCAGCUGUGCAAGAUGGUUCCUGCAGCGUCCGAGCUCCGAGAUGCUUAUGCCUACAACAUCAGUGGAUUUCUGGCCGAGCUCGGUGUGCAGGAGGAGCACAAAGCCACGUUCAGGCGUGGUCUCCUUCAGCUGCGCCACGCCAGCUGA